CUUGUGAUUAGGUUUGGUUCAGUUCCAGUGUGGCUCCAAUGUAGUCAAUACUAAUGUGCUUAAGGCAUCAUCAAACUAACUAAAACCAUGUUGUUUGUUGCUGGUUUGUUUAUGUCAAUAAUCAGUUACGUCUCAUCGUAUCCUUCUGCAGUCAGUGGGAACGAUAGAGCCCACAACGACCCCAAGAAAACCUAAUCAAAGCACUGCAGCUUGUGACCUCCAAAAUGGGCAACCAUUUCCACCAACUCUGGCCUCUCAUAAUCUCUUGCAAGUGCUGGACUCACCAGGGCAAUGAGAAGCGGAUGCCCAAAUGAAUUCCACCGCGAUAGAGACACCUUCGGUAGCACAGUUCGAAGUCAAGCCUCCUGACAGUCUCCUCUCUGCCGACAUUUUUCAUGAUCCGCUUGCCCCCACUCAACAAAACCAACCCCUAUCAACAUGACGAAAAAAACGAUCGGACGACAGAAGCAGGACGUGAAGAAGCCAAAUCCAAAGUCCCCAAAAACAGCGACGACGUCGUUGCCUUCAACACCCUCACCAAUAACCUCAAUCCCCUCAACGGGCCCAUUACACAGUGUUGCAGAGUCACCUCCCCUAAGUGGCGAAGACAGUUUGGGGGACUCACUGAUGAUAAUGGGGGUGGCAAUGGAGCGUGCUGUGAAGGAGAAAAGCCACCAAGGGGAAGAAGAAGUGGGAGCAGCAGCAGCAGCAGCAGCAACAGAAGUAGUAGAAAAAGAAGGUGAGCAGAAGGAAGACAAGGACCACCAAGAGAAGAGAGAAUCCAAGAGGGAGCUGAGUUUGCUGCAAUCGGUUCAAGAGGCGCAGCAGAACCCAGAUUUCCUGCAGCGGCGCAGGGUGGCGGCGGCGGUGAUGAGGAUCCAGCGAGACGCAGAGCUCGCUGAAGCGGAGGCCACGAGGCAGCUGCAGCUGAAACAGCACCAUCACCAGCAUAAUCAGCAUCCUCCUUCUAAUCAUCCUGCUAAUCCUACUAUUCUCAGUGCUAAUGACCACCGUUAUCUGUUGGGCAUGCAUUAUUUGCCUCCAGUGAUGCAUGAUCCUACCACCCUGAACCGCUACCGUUUCCAGGCAGCCAAAGCAUGGGCCAAGGCACAGGAAAGAGUUGUGGAAAUGGGCAUGAAUAAGAAAAAGGUCCCAGUUCGUGAAAGUGGGUUUAUGACAAACACCACAAACAUGUUGUGGAAGAUGUGGAAGUAUUUGGAGACCUUUUGUGGCUCCAUCAUGGAAAUUAAAUUUUGGUCAAAAGAUUUGGUUUGGCUCGAAUGCAGUUUUGGGUCAUCCAUGAUGAUAACGUUUGCUUUUUUGCGUUGGGUGUUUGUUUUGAAUCUUGUCCUUGCAUUGAUAUGGUUUUGCGCAAUCAUACUUCCUUUCAUUCUUGCGCCCCCAUUAUCCUUUGAUUGGCCAACAUUCAAAAAGGCCUUUCAAAACAAAAAUUUCUUACAAGCUUUGCAGGGUAUUGGAAUUGACAAAUCUUUUAUUUACUAUGGAGGAUAUGAUUAUAUGCGUGGUGAACAACACACAUGGUAUAAAACGGAUUACAUGUACCCCCUAACAAUUGUUGGAACAAUUAUUUUUUCAAUUAUAGCUAUAUUGAGAAGAAUAACAAAACAAAUCUUGGAGGCAGGCUCUAAAACAAUUGGGACAUCGCAGAAUGUAUUAUAUCCUUUCGCAACUCUUACAUUUGCUUCAUGGGAUUUUCACAUCACUUCCUUUGAGGGGGCAACAAUUAUGCGGAGAGGUAUACGGAUGCAAGUGCGUGAAAGACUAGCAGAUGCCAAAAAUAAAAUAAAACAUCUCACAUACAAACCUACUACCUUAAUACGGAGGUACACUUCAUUAUUAUUAUUAUGGCCAAUGUUGUUGGGUGCAUGUGCGGGAUGUGAAUACAUUCUUGUGACAUACGGAGACUCAAUUAACAAUAAAUUGGGAGUUUAUGCGGACUCCAUAUUUAUGUCCAUAGUCAACAAUGUGAGUCCGUGGGUGGUGAAGAUGUUGGUAAGAAUGCAAGAGUGGAAACCCGCAACCCAUGAAAAAGUGACCAUUAUCAAACUUUACUUUUUGAGGGUUUUCAAUGUGUCCACCAUUCUUUGGAGGUCCAUAUUAACAAUUCAAGCCUCUUGGCAAGAGAUAGAAGGUGUUUCCAAUAAUGUUAAGGUUUGUGUCCGUGCUGCGGAUUGUGGUGAUGGCUUUGUAUGUUGUACUUCCGUAGACAUGGGUGAAUGGCAUCUUUGUGCUAAAAAUGAGAUAGGUUAUUGUGUGGCUGGAUGUACGGAGAAUUGGGUUGCAAGGGAGUUGCUUGGAAUGAUUGGCAUCAAUACCCUAUUGAAUGUGGGAGUCUCUAUUUUUAUUGGACUUUUCAACCUUUUGUGGUAUGGGACAAAAUGGAGUCUAGACAUUACAGAUUUUGUGGUGGACAUUGUAUAUAUCCAAGCAUUGGUGUGGAUAACAUGCACAUAUAGCCCCUUUGCUUGUCUAGUGGGGGCAUUGUGUAACUUUGUUACAUUUACUGGAUACAAGUAUGUGAUCUUUUAUACGUGCAAGCCCGUGCAAAACCCAUAUAGUGCAACGAGCACAGACAGGCUCACAUAUGGCAUGCUCUUAGCAACAUUGCUACUGAGCGUCAUCCCCAUUGGGAUCGAGUUUGUAUCACCAAGUGCAGCCUUCUGUGGUCCAAUCAAUGACCGCAUUUCUAUGUACUCUGUGCUCAACAACUACAUUCAGCGAGCGCCGAAAGCAUUGGCGAUGGUGGUGAGCGUGCUGUCCAACACAUGGCUGCAGUGGGGAGCCAUUCUAGCCCUGCUGCUGGGCGUCGUUCGAUACUAA